AUGACUGGUGAUGAGGCAUAUCAUGCAGAUUGCUUCCGAUGCACACAGUGCGACUCCAAGAUUGACGACCUGGUCUUUGCAAAGACAUCGCAGGGCAUCUACUGUAUGAAAUGCCACCAAGAGCGAAAGGAGGCCAAGAGGCAACGAGAGGAGCGUGAACGUAUGGAACGGGCCGAGAAGAUGAUGGAGAAACUGCUGCCAACCAUUCCCGAAGGAGAGAAACCAACUGCAGCUUCAACUUACAGGAACCAGUCGUAUGAGAAGCACCAGCAGCCUGCCUUGCCAUCCAAUGGAAUCGCCCACACCAACAAUGAUUUGCCAAGGUACCCUCAGCCAAAACUGCCAAUGCACGAGCCGCUCUCCAAUGGAAGCUAUGGUCACGGUGGGCCCAGCUUCGCACCUUCCAUCCGAUCUGACGGUCGCCCAAAGACCAACGGACCUAGUCUGCCGUCUCUCGAUGUUGGACCACCAUUGCUCCCGCCUCUCACUUUCGGACUCGAUGACAUUGCCAUUAGCUCUGGUGGCUUUGAUCUUGGGGAUAUGCUCAGUACUCCUGGGACCAAGGAUACAAGUCAAGGUUCUUCAACGAUCAGCUCUCCGACUCCCUCGGUGAAGGAGGUAGAGAUUGUUAAGAGCUCGGAUCCCAGCUCCUACCGACUUAGUAUUAGUCGUGCUAGCGCCCGGUUAAGCAUGUCGUCUCCCACCAGCAGCGACAAAUCGGGUGUAGAGGACGAAGUCAAGACGCUGUCAGAUAUUCCAGAGCACAAACCAGUCGACACCCCAUUGUUGUCGCUCCCUGACGACCUUGCAGAGGACGAUGGAAUGAGUUACAGCGAGGCACUUAACUUGGUGCGGGAGUUGCGCUUGGAGGUUGCCAAGCAUAAUCCAGCCAGUCCACUCCUCUAUGGCACACCCCAGCUUCACUUUGGUCUUUUGAAGGAGAAGGUCGACAAGCUCACUCAGAAGCACACCGAACUCGAGAAAUCAAUUCGCGACAUGUACAUUGAAAAGGACCUUCUUGGUAUGGAUUUGGAAGCCAUGAACGACGAACUUGCUGCAAAGGAGGAGGCGUCAGCGGUCAAUACCUCGGACAGCUUGAAGCCUCGGCCUGUGACCCACAAUUUCAGGUUGAGCACGAGCCAUGACCUGAUGAAACAAUCGUACCAGGUCGAGGUGAAGGCGCUUCAGGACCAAAAGGAACUGCUUCAGCAAGAGAUUCAUGCCUUUGUCGAGACGCGUGAUCGGGUCCUUGAUGAGAUGCAGAUUCUGAGCGUAAGGAAUGCAGAACUCUCGACCAUCAACAAUGACAUGAUGAGAGAAUUGCAGGGACGGAAGGACGCAAAGGCUGCCCCGGCUGCUCCUUCUUCAUCCUUCAAUUUGACGUCAUUCACUGGAAAGAUGAGGCGGCAGAGGCAAAUGAGUGGAGGCAAUCAACAGGAGCUCAAGGCACAGAACCUCGUCGCUGGAAGCAAUGAAUCGACUCUCUCGUUCGUUUCGACCAACUCUGACGGGGCGUCAUCCAGGUCUCAGCAAGGAUUGAAGAGCAAGAAGGAGGACAGGCAGGAAGACAUCUUUGGAGAGGAUAUUGUGGCGCCCAAGAAGUUCAACUGGAAGAAGGGCACCAUCAACACGAUGAACACCAGUGUCAACACCGUUAAGACCGUUGGGGCGAUGUUUGGAAAGUUGCUUGUUGAAGGUCCUACUGUCCAGGAUGCCUCUGCGGCCAAUGGUAGGGGUGCACCAACCAUGCUGAGCGACAACGGGAGCUCGAACGGACAGAUUCUUCCACCGACCAGGUCCUUCUCGGCGGGAAGCGAUAGCCGAUCGCUGAAUGGGCAGUACACGGAGCAGCACUUUUUCAUCCAGCACAACUACAUGAAGCCUACUCGGUGCGACUGCUGUGAUGACAAGAUGUGGGGUCGCGAAUACAAGUGUCGUGGCUGUGGAUUCCAAAUUCACGGACGCUGCACUCAUGAGAUUGUACCAGGAUGUUCUGGACGGUUCAAGGACUCCGACUCCUCCAGCAUCCGUAACCUCACCCCGAGCGGCGAAAGCAGCCAUGGCCUCCCCUCACCAUCCCCCAAACAAGUCAUGUUCGGCAACAAUCUCCUCGAUCAGCUGGAGACCGAACAACGAGCGAUUCCUAUGGUCGUUGAGAAGUGUAUCGAGGCCGUGGAUGAGCGAGGUUUGGAGGUGGAGGGCAUUUACCGUCGUUCGGGAAUGGCCGUCGAAGCCAGACAGUUGGUCCAAGCGUUUGACUCUGGUCUCUACCCUAACCUCAUGGAUACUGCGGUCUACCAGGAUAUUUGCUCAAUUACAUCCGUCUUGAAGCAAUAUCUCAGAACGUUACCGGAACCCCUGAUUCCUUAUGACCUUUAUAGCGAGUUCAUGGAAGCCACCGGACUACCCCAUACAGAUGACAAGUAUGACAUCUUCAAGGAACUCAUGGAUCGGAUGCCAUUCGCCCACUACUUGACGCUGAAGAUCCUCAUGGAGCAUCUGAACCGAGUCACCGAGCAAGAGAGUAUCAAUUUGAUGACCUCCAAGAACCUGUCGGUGGUCUUUGGUCCUACCCUCAUGCGGAAUCCAGACCCAAGUCUGGAGAUUCUGGACAUGACUUCCAAGAACUUGACGAUCGAGUUUUUGAUUGUUAACACUCCUAAGCUCUUUGUUCGCGUCCAGAGAACAUCGCCCGGUAGUCAUGCUCACGGUCAAGGCUUGGCCAACGGAUCAAGCUUGUCGCCAUCAGACGGAUUCCCACCUGGGUUCACUGGACAGCGGCAGGGAUCUCAUGGCAGUCUCAGUCAUAUGAGCCCCCCACCUAGACGAGUGCCUAACCAUGCCGGCCACCCGAACGCGCCUGUCCUCCUACCACGAUCGAGUUCUGGCGACGCUAUACCCACUGUGACCCAGGGCCAACAAUCACAGCAUUACCAUCAGCAGCAGCAGCAACAACAACAGCAGUACAGCAAUGGUCAGCAUAUGUACCAGCAGCAGCAGCAGCAGCAACAGCAGAUGUUCCGGCCGCAACAGUUCCAGCAGCCUCAACAUCCGACUCUUCAGCAACUGAAGCUUCAGCAACAGCAGCGCGAGCAGUUCCAACGCGACCAGCAGCAGCAACAGGUUCACCAACAACAGCAACAGCAGCAACAGUUGCAGCAGGAGAAGCAUGCAGAGCGAGAUCAGGAGCUCGAUCCUGAGCAAGAGCAGGAAGAGUCGGAUGCAGUGGCGCCAUCGUCACCGCCAUCGGUCUCGACGCAGCCUUCGUCGCCGCUUCCGUCUCAAAACCCCUCACUGGUUCAGCAGCAACAGCAGCAAUUGCAGCAGUAG